UAUGAAAAAUAAAACAAUUAAUCCUCGUUCUGUUCAACUACCCUGUGGUAUUCAAUGUAGACUCAAAUGCUGUAAAAAGAUAACUGCAGAUCAAAGACAAACAAUUUUUGAUAUGUAUUGGAAUCUCGGCCAGGUUGAUGCUCAAAGAUCAUUCAUUAUGUCUUGUAUGACUAAUAUAAACCCAAAAUAUAAAUAUACAAAUGCUAGUAAUCCAAGAAAUUGCAAUAAAGCUUUCCAUUUCGUAGUAGAAGGGCAGUCUGUUCGAGUCUGUAAAACGUUUUUUAUAAAAACCUUAGAUAUUUCUGAUCGUGUUAUACGAACUGUCAGAAGCAAAAUAGAUGAACAUGGAAUUCUAGCACAAGAUCUGAGAGGACAGCACAACAACCAUGCAAGAGUUGAUAAACAACUACUAAACGAUAUUAAAGAGUUUAUAGAUUCGAUACCAAGAAUUGAAUCCCAUUACAUUAGGCAAUAUUCUACUCGUGAGUAUAUUGAUGGCGGGAAAACAAUUUCAGAUCUUUUCAGAGACUUUAAAGUAGCUCAAAAUGAAAAUAACAAAGCAGCUGGUAGAUAUUGUACAUUUUAUAAAGUAUUUACACAAGAUUAUAAUAUAUCAUUUUUUCGUCCCAAAAAAGAUCAAUGCGAUUUAUGUUUGCAAUAUAAUAACACGACGCUUCAGCAAAAAGUAUUACUUAAUGAUUUGUACAAUGCCCAUUUAGAAGAAAAAACAUUGAGCCGCCAAGAAAAAUAUAAUGAUCGCUGCAAAAUAGAUGAUGGAAAUAAAGUUCUUGUGUUUGAUCUACAAGCUGUUUUGCAAUCUCCUAGAGGAAAUAAUGCAGCAUUUUAUUACAAAUCAAAAUUUGAAAAAACUUCAAGAAGAUUGGGGUGUUAACUUUAAUAAAAGUAAAAACGGGACUACUGUUUUAUGGAAUGACAUAAAGGUGAUAAUGGUGAAAAAAGAUACACCUUUUUCAUUUUUCAUUAAAACUUCGUACAAACAUAACGUAUACCAGGAAGUAAGCAUCAGAAAUACAAGGAAGAAAAUGCUUCCUCUGCUUCUAAUUAAACCAACUAAUGCCUACAUACAAAAGAAAGAGCUAAGUGAGAACAAAAAGAAAGAUCUGAGAGAGCUUUUAUCAAAAAAAAUUAUUCCAAAUUUUUAUUUAGAUUUUUAUAACUCUAUUCUUUAAUAGUGUACCCACCUUAUAAUUAAUAAAUUAACUUAAGAUUAAUAAAACAAUGAUUACAUACCAAAGUUAUUUAAAAAAAUCUAAAAAGUUUAAUUAUGUUUUCUUUAUAAGUUUUGAUUUUGUUUUAUAGUAAUUUAACUAAACUUGAUUAAUACAUUGAUUUAUUUUAUAGGUUUAAUAACCAAAGUGUGUAUAUUUUUUAAGUUUGUUAAAACUUUUAUGUUCUAAUAUAGAAAUUUUGUUUUAUAAUUUCAAUUCAAACAAGCAAUUCUAUUGCUUUUUUUUGCAUUAUUUUUAUGUUGAUUUAUAGAACCAAUAAAUAAAAUUGAGACGUCAAAUUUGUUAUUUGUAUGUGCUACUGAUAAAGAAUAUUGCAAUAAAAGUUUAUUAUUUAUAUUAAUGUCUUUUAAUAAUUUGAAAAUGGCUGGUAUUAAGUUUAUCGACAGUCUGCUAAUUUGA